AUGGCUCAUCUUCUUGGAAGUAAAGCAUGUAUUGAUAGUUUACGUGUUGAUGUUGAUGAUCUACAAAAUGUUAUUGAGGAUAUUAUUGGCAAAACAGGAUCGAUCAAAUGUCAUUCAUGGAAAUUUCCGGAUAAAAUUGCGACCGAUAUUGACAUAAAUGAACUUCUUCAACGUUAUCAAUAUGGAAAAAAUGAAGUCGACAAUCAAGUUUCUCAUAUUGUUUUAUUUGAAAUUAUUAUUGAUCGACUUUUACUUAUUAUACAUGGAUCAUGGCGUUAUAUACAUGAAAUUCAAUCAAAUAUUUUAUCUAAUACAAUCGAUUCAUCAUCAACAAUUAAUCAAAAAUCAAGUCUUAGUGUUGGUUUAGUUGUUAAAAAAUAUUGGAAUAAAUUAUUACAUUUAUCUACCGUGCUUCAACAGCACGAGAAUGAACGCAAACGAUCAAAUCAAAAUGAAACUAAAACAACAACAACAACAACAUUAUCACGUUCGAAAACAAAUGCACAUAUUGAAAAACGUUGUCAAACAAAUGAAACAUUAAUGGGUCCAUGUCAAUCAUGUUUAAAAUUUCAACAAUGUCUCCGUGAUCAUAGUGAUAGUUUAAUAAAUUUAUGUCAUACAUAUAAUUUACCAUCAUCACUUGCCCAAUAUCGUAAUACAAUAACAGAUUUAUUUUCAUUAGAUAAUAUUAAUCAUUGGUCGGAUUGUCAAACAAAAGAUAUUGAUCGUUUAUCAAAACAUCUUGAAUAUUUAAAUAAUACAUUAAAUAAAACAAAAAGUGAUUUACAAUUAAAUGAAAAUCGUUGUAAAAAACAAGAUGAAACAAAUCAUCGUUUACAACAAUUAAUUAAUGAUGAUAAACAAUCAAAAAAAAUUUUACAAGAUUUACAUGAUAAAAAAAUAAAUGAUUUAAAAAAACAAUCUGAACAACAAGAACAUAAUCUUAAUGAACAAAUUAAAUUAUUAGCAAAUCAAAAAAUUAAAAUUGAACAACAAUUAAAAGAAGUUAAUGAUUUAUGUAUAUCAAGAGGAGAACAAAUUGAAAAACUAGAAUCAUCAAAAAAUGAAUUAAGAACUUUAAUUCAAGAUCGAUUUAAAUCUGAUGAUGUUAUAAAAACAUUAGAACAAGAUCGUAUUCGUCUACAAACAGAACUUGAUUUAGUUAAACGUGAUCUUGAAGCACGUAAUCGCGAAUUACAAAAAGAACGUACACGUAUUGAAAAUAUGAUUCGACAAGAACAAAAUUAUCAAUCAAAACAAAAAGCACUUUCUACAUCAUAUGAAGAAUUAAUAGAAGAAUGUGAAUUACUCAAAACACAAGUGACAGAAUUAGAAAUAUCUCGUGAUGAAGUUGAAAGAAAACUUGAAACAGUUCAAAAACAAAAUCGAUCAUCAACAGAUAUAAAUAAAGUACAAUCAUUAAUGGAAACUAAUAAUCAUUUAUUACAAGAAAUGACUAUGCUGAAAUCAAAUAUUGAACAAUUACAUGAACAAAUUCAACAAAUGGAUGAACAUGAACAAAUGUUAUUACAAUAUCCUGAUCUUAAUGGACCUAUUGAACAUGAACAAACAACAAAUAAUAUUAUGAUUGAUAUGCAAAAUCAAAUGCGUACAAAUGAAAUUCGUAUUGAUUUAUUACGAAAACAAAAUGAUUCAUUAAAAUCUUCAUUAGAAAAACUUUUAUCUAUGAAUAAUAAUAAUAACAAUAAUAAUUCAUCGUUAGUAACAGAAGAACGUUAUGAAGAGUUAAGAAGUCAAUCAAGACAAGAACAACCAUAUCGAAGAUAUUCAUAUGGAAAUGAAACCAUUAUACCGAAAUCAAAACCAACACCAUUGUGGUUAUUAAAUAAUGAGAUUGUUGAACAACAACAAGCUUUUACAGAAACAAGACCAGUUACAACAACAAAUUACAUACCACGUUUUAGUGAAAAUGAUUAUGUUGCUAAUGGAUGGAUUAAACCUGAACCUGAUGUUAUUCCUCUUACACAAUCGAAUUUCGAUAAUGACACGUCACCUAAACAACAUGAUCGAUCAUGGUCAACAAAUUCUACACGCAUUCAAACAAACGAUUUGGUAAUAACAUCUGAAUCACGUCCACCAGCUUCUACACAUUCGUCUCGAACUAUAAAUAAUGGUCGAACAUCAACUAUUCCUCCACCAUCUGAUUAUGAAAUGAUCAUUGGUAAAGGUCGAACAACAAGCCGUCCAACAUCAGCAACUAAAAAUCGUCAAUUAACAAAUGAUCAAACUCGACGAGAUAACUCG